AUGUCAGCGGUAUCGGUCUUGGAGAGUGGAGAGCAAUCUUCGUAUGUGGCGUAUAAUUGGCCUCAGCGCCGACUGCAAAACUUCAAAGCAAUUGGUCUCCGUUUGUGGCCAUUAAAACGCCCUGUAAGCAUCAGUGAUAGUGAUAGUGAUAGUGAUAGUGACAGUGAAACGGUCAGCGACGUUGAAGACCACGAGGGCCAUAGUAUUCCUAACGACACCCAAAAUGUUAGGCAAGGCUAUCCUGCCUACUCUUCGCUUCUUGGACGGCACUCGGAGUUCCAGACUUUUCGUCGCUUUCGAACUUUACGUAUGCGCAUGCUUCUUAAGAAGCAAGAUGAGAUUUCUCUGUUGGAAGAGGAACUGAGCAAGAUCGACGAAGCUGAACCAAGUGAGAUGUUCCUGGGCAGCUCUCGUCAAGAUAUGAAUCAAGCAAGGAAAUCUAUCCUCUUGAAACUCGAUGAAGCUUUCAAAACUUAUGAUGAGUUUCUCCAACAGAGCCAAUGGGCGUUAAAUGCACCGGGACCGGAAACGAGGGACCUUCAUUCGCAGGUAAAUUGGCUCUGGACAAAAGGGUCAGUAGCUCGGAAAGAGGUAGCGUACAUCAAUGCUGGGGACCGCGAACUUCUAAACAUAGGUCUUGUGAAGGACCGGGGUAUGGCGAAAAUUGCAAAUUUCGUAGGGAUCUUGGUCGAAGGCUUCUAUCGACUUGGCUAUAAGUGUUUCUCUCUUAGAUCAACUAGUGGUCCAGACAGCAUUUCUAUCUCGAACGCAUUCGUCAGAAGUGCUGCAAGGGCUCUUGCUGCGUCUCUGGCCAUUACCUUACUUCUUGUACCAGUUAUUGUAUUGAACGCGGUGACAAGAACGCUUGUCCGUUUUAUUGUGUUGUUUGUAUCUGCAACAAUGUUUGUUUCGGCUGUCACUAUUGCCAGUCAAGCAUCUUUGGGUGAAAUCUUUGCUUCAGGGGCCGCCUACACAGCAGUUCUGGUUGUUUUUGUGUCGGGUAAUGGAGUUUCAGGCUCGCCGGCAAAGAACUGA